CCUCAGUCAGCCACUGUCCCAGCCUGCCCCGCGCGGGCCAACGAGACAGGCCGAGUGACUCACCUCCGCCGCCCCAACUCCGCAGCGCUCGUUCUCGCACACGCUCGCACCCGGCUCGAGAUGGCGGCGGCGGCGGCGGCAGCGGCGGGGGACUCUGACUCUUGGGACGCGGACACGUUCUCCGUGGAAGACCCGGUGCGGAAGGUGGGGGGCGGCGGCACAGCCGGCGGGGACCGCUGGGAAGGCGAAGACGAGGACGAGGACGUCAAGGAUAAUUGGGAUGAUGAUGACGACGAAAAAAAAGAGGAAGCAGAAGUAAAACCAGAAAUAAAAAUUUCAGAAAAGAAAAAAAUAGCAGAGAAGAUAAAAGAGAGAGAACGGCAACAGAAGAAAAGGCAAGAAGAAAUUAAAAAGAGAUUAGAAGAGCCUGAAGACCCUAAAGUGCUAACGCCAGAAGAACAAUUAGCAGAUAAGCUACGGCUAAAAAAAUUACAGGAAGAGUCGGACCUUGAAUUAGCAAAAGAAACUUUUGGUGUUAAUAAUACAGUUUAUGGAAUAGAUGCUAUGAACCCAUCUUCAAGAGAUGAUUUCACAGAGUUUGGGAAGUUACUAAAAGAUAAAAUUACACAAUAUGAAAAGUCACUGUAUUAUGCCAGUUUUUUGGAAGCCUUAGUUCGAGAUGUGUGUAUUUCAUUGGAAAUUGAUGACCUGAAAAAGAUUACCAAUUCAUUGACUGUGCUCUGCAGUGAAAAACAGAAGCAAGAAAAGCAAAGCAAAGCCAAAAAGAAGAAGAAAGGCGUGGUUCCUGGAGGGGGAUUAAAGGCCACCAUGAAAGACGAUCUGGCAGAUUAUGGUGGUUAUGAUGGAGGAUAUGUACAAGACUAUGAAGACUUCAUGUGACAUUUUAUCUUCUCCUGGUGUCUUCUUUCUGUUGCCCACAAUCCCUUCAACAUGUAGCACAACUUCCUUUCCUUUCAGUUCUGCCAAAUGCUACAAUCAGAAGUGCAGUAUCUUUUGUGCUGGUUAUUUAACCCCUUGACACUUAGGUGCUAAUGUGCAAAUGAGGGAACUUGGAUCUUGCUGCCAAGGGGUUAAAAUUGGGAACCUCCACUGCUACUAAAUCAUAGUUUAAAACAAAACAAACUUAAUAAUGUUGUCAUUGUUGCUAUCUGAUCCCAUAGCAGCAGUCACUAAAUUGGAAACAAAGGUUGCAACAUGACAAAAAAUUGUGUAGUAUUUACCAGCACCAUUCAGUAAUACAGCCUUAACCAUACCUCCUUGAACUACUUCAUAGCUUGUCAAGAAAAGCAGUUUGCAAGCAAGGGCAUGUGGUGUGCACCUAGUAUUAAAAUUGCUUUGUCUUAAAAUUGAGCGUGAGGAUAUUAAAUACAUUGUGAAGAAGACUGCUUAUCUCAGAGUGAAGAUACUGUGGCUGAAAAGUACUAGUUUGAUACUUAAAAUUUUAUGACCAAAACCCUCCAACUUUGAAGCUGAAGAAGGUAAACCUCCAUUAUCACAGUACAAGUUGUGGAAUCUCUCCAGUGCAUAGACUGUCUAUAGUUUUUAUUUAUCAGACUACUUCUACUGAUGGAGUGCUUCAGAUGGGGGAGGGAAACUACCUGUUUUUAUUUGCCUGAUUCAAGUGUCUGAGAAACAUCUCUUGUUCUCACAGACUGCAAUGAACAACUUUAACAGGGUUUUGGCAUUUCCUUUCCUUUCCUUUAUAAAACAUGCUCAGCAAACUGCACCAGUUAACUACAGUUUGGUAAAUUGUUAUGUUAACAAUUAUGACAUCUGCAAUGUUUUAUAAAGCAACUAAUUUAAUAAAAUCACUAUUGUGAGGACUUAAAUUUUGUGUUACCUCCCAAGAGAUAUUUUUGGAGAGUACAGAACACAGCUCUUGGGACUAGAGAUCUCUGUGUACGUACUAAAGUUUAAUCAAUGCUUGACAUAGUUACAGCUUUAAAAUGAGUGAUUUGCCAGGUCUGUAGUAGUUACUAUAGAGCAACAAAGAUGGGCUGCCUUCUAUUUAUUGGGAAAUAAUUUUGUUUAGAUAUUAAGGCCUAGUUAAGUACCUAGAAGAACUGUCUGGAGUAACCAAGUCUACAAUUUGGGUACCAAUGUAUGCAUAAAUCUGGCAAUCUUUAGAUCUUCUCCUAAGUGAUUUAACCAAGCUUAUGAGUAGACUUUUUUGUUCCCCCAAUUGUCACAACCAGAACAAAAAAUGUUUUUAAUUUCUCUUCCAUAGGACAUAGGAACCUCAAAGCUCUGUAGACUACUAAGUGGAAAACAGGACCAUCUAAAUGACUUGAGGAAUUAAUAGAAGGCCGUGACUAUACAGCAAUAAUUACAGUAAAUAUCGUUUGAAGGCAGACAAGGGCUAAGAUUUCCUUAGCAUUAAUAAUGACAUACACUGAAUUUAAAAUCUAUUUUAUUACAGAAAGAUCAGUUUCUAACAAUGAAAAUGUAUCAUCUGUUCCUUAACUGUGUAAAUAUUAAAUUUCUUUGAAACUGGAA